AUGAUACCCGACACCGCCCCCGCCCCCGCCGAGGCAAUCCCAGGCCGCAAGCUCUGGGAGCACCCCUCUCCCGAGAGCACCCAAAUGCACCAGUUCAAAACCCGCAUCUCCGCCAAACACAACGUCCAAUUCGGGCCCGAGACCGACAAGGACGCCUCCCUGUGGCGGUGGUCCGUCGGCAACCCGUCGCAGUUCUGGGGCGAGGUGUGGGACUACACGGGCAUCGUUGCCUCGCGGCGAUGGGACACCGUCGUGGACGAGGCCGCGGGCAUCUAUCCGCGCCCGGCUUGGUUCGCCGGCGCGAAGCUCAAUUUUGCGGAGAACUUGCUGUUCCCGAGGGCGGUGGGCAGUGCGGAGAAGGUGGCGGUGGUGGAGGCGACGGAGAGGGAGGAGAGGGUGGUUGUUACGUGGGCGGAGCUGAGGGAGAGGGUGAGGGCGUGUGCGGCGGCGAUGAAGGGGCGGGUGAAGGUUGGGGAUAGGGUUGCGGGUUAUGUUGCGAACCAUGUGGAUGCACUCGUGGCAAUGCUUGCAGCGACGUCUUUAGGUUGCGUAUGGUCUGGAAUCAGUCCUGAUCACGGUGCUACAGCUGUUCUAGACAGACUCGUACAGCUAGAGCCCACAAUCCUCUUUGCCGACAGCGCAGUUCUCUACAAUGGCAAAGUGCACGACGUGAUGCACAAGCUCAAACUCGUAGUCGCAGCACUACCCACCCUCAAAGCCGUCGUCGUGAUCGACAAGUUUUCCCAGUCCCCCGACAUCCCCAGCGUAAAGCCCAUAAACGGGGACUCCUACGUCUAUGCCGACUUUCUCUCCACCGCCGCAGACAAAGCCGCCCCUCUCGAGUUUCUGCAGCUCGACCCCGACCACCCGGUCUACAUUCUUUUCUCCUCCGGCACUACCGGGAAACCCAAAUGUAUCUGCCACGGCGCAAUCGGCACCCUCAUCCAGCACAAAAAGGAGCACAUCCUCCACUGCGACAUGACCCCCUCCUCCACCUUCUUCCAGUUCACCACCGUCACCUGGAUGAUGUGGCACUGGCUCGUCUCGGCGCUCUCCCUCGGCGCCACCAUCGUCCUCUACGACGGCUCCCCCUUCCACCCCCAGGGAAACCUCUCCAUGCCCUCCCUCCUCCGCGAACUAAACAUCACCCACUUCGGCACAUCCGCCAAAUACCUCUCCCUCCUCGAGCAGCACUCCGUCGUGCCCCCGCCCCUCCCGCACCUCAAGGCUAUAUACUCCACCGCGGCCGUCCUUGCGCCCUCAACGUUCGAAUACGUAUACCGCGCCUUCGGCCCCGUAAACCUCGCAUCGAUCACCGGCGGCACAGACAUAAUCUCCCUCUUUGGCGCGCCCUCCCCGCUCUCACCCGUCCAUUCCGGCGAGAUCCAGUGUCUCGGCCUCGGCAUGAACGUGCAGUCAUGGUCUCCUGCGGGCCAGCAAGCACCAGAUGACACCGCCGGCGACCUCGUAUGCCUCACGCCAUUCCCGUGCAUGCCUGUCUCCUUCUGGGGCCCCGGCGGCGAGAACUUGUACAAGAAGAGCUACUUCACGCAGUUCCCGGGUGUCUGGCAUCACGGCGAUUUCGUAAAGAUCGUGGGCGAGACGAGGGGCCUCGUGAUGCUGGGACGCAGCGACGGCAUCUUGAAGCCUGCGGGCGUGAGGUUUGGGUCUGCUGAGAUCUACAACAUCCUCCUCGCACACUUCCCCACGCAAUUCGACGACGCCCUCUGUAUCGGCCGUCGGCGCCCCACGGACACAGACGAGCAGGAGGUGCGGGACAGGAUUCGGCGGGAGCUGAGUGCGCGGCAUGUGCCGGCGGUGGUGGAGGCGUGUCCGGAGAUACCGGUGACGACGAACGGGAAGAAGGUGGAGGUUGCGGUGAAGCAGAUCCUGUGUGGGAUGGACGUGGCGGUGUCGGCGAGCGUGGCGAAUGCGGGGUGUUUGGCGUGGUUUAGGGAGUGGGCGGGGGUGAGUUAG